CCAGACUGAAGCAGUACAGGAAUUACGAGAACCUUUCCCGUUCACGUGCAGAGCUUCAGAAGGAGUGCUUGGAAGUAGAGAAGGGAAAGACCUUCUAUGACUUUCAGUUCAAUACAAGAAUUGUCAAGACAACAAUUGUGCAUUUUCAGGUAGAGACUGUGGUCAUCUCUCUCAUUUAUUUGAUUGUUCAUCCUUUUUUAAACACAAUAAUUUCGGUUUAGGACGCAGUCAUUGCACUACUUUGAUUUCAUUUUUAUUUUUCCUAUUUUCUUGCGUCGUCAUUUGUGGUGAAGUGUGGAAAUUCAUAUUACCCUUGUGCUUUUGGUUUUCCUAUUUGUUACAAAUCCUUAUCAUUGUUUACCAUAGUAAUUUUUAAUGUUGCCUUGCAUAAAUUGAUUAAUGACAUGCAUUCCAUAAAUUGUAAAUUGCAUCCAUUGUAUCACUGCAUAAAGAUUUAGUCAUAUUGAAGAGUUUGGUUUGGGUUCUAGAAUUAUGAAUAGUCCGACUUUUGAAUUUGUUUUGAACUCUGUUUAUAUGCAUAUCAUACUAGUCUGUAUAAGUUUUGCAGGUCUUGUGAAUAUUUUAUAAUUCUUUAUGGAAAUUAUUGUGUAUGAUACUAGCUUUGUGCCUCAACCAUUCAUUAGAAGGUAUGGAGCUUGCUUUUACAUUAGGUUUCAAUGAACAUAUUAUUUGCUUAGAGAUAUAACUAAUUUUACCUUCAGCUAAUUUAAGUUUCAAAGAAUGCUUCAGAUUUAAACUAUGGUCCAGUGAGUCCAUCAUUACUCCUUUUGUGCAGAUCUACAAGCUGGUGAUAUAAUCUAUCCUUGAUUUAAGUUGUUGAUUUGUCAAAAAAUUGUGGUUAAAAAAUCCAAAAUGUGCUAUUAAUCGAUAAUUGUUUUCAAGAUUAUCGUGUAACACUAUGUUUUUUAUCCAUGAAAUAAGUCUUCUAUUUAUUAUGAUUUGUCUUUUGGGAUCUAUUUUUCCUUUGAUCUAAGGAAUCCUUUUAUGAUAAUAAAAGAAAUUUUCUCUUUUUGAAAGUAUCCUCAUGGGAUAGUUUAGAACCAAAUUAUGUUUUGGCAGGUUCUUGAACACCCCUUUUCCAACUAUUCUGAUCCACCAUUUCUGGAUCUUUAUUUUUUUUAAUAUCCGUGAACGCAAAGUGGCCCACUGAAGUAAUAUGAUUGGGUUUGAUAUUCACUCAGUCCCUCUUUUUCAGGUUUUAUGAAUGGAAGUUACUUAAUACACGCAUUUGGUAACAGUUCAUAGUGGAAAUGAAAUUAGAUGACCUAAUAUUUCUCAUGGCAUAAUUUUUAACAGACAAAUGAUUAAAUGACAAGUUACAGGUAUCAACGCAUCAUUGCUGUGCAUGGCUUGGCAUUUUGGAAGAUGAUCUUAUCUGAUCCUAUGAGAUAGUUUAAUUGUAAUAUAGCUUUUUUCGAACAAUCUUUUAUAUCUUUAAACGAGGUUAGGCCUAGAUACCAUAUUGAAAAUACUCACACGUAUGCAAAUGCAUGGACAUUACAAACAAUAUGUUUAUAUCUGGAUAAAGCUUACAAUUCAUCACUAGUGAGAUAGCCCUUGUAGAUGAUUUGAAAUCACAGUAUGAAAUCUAUUUAUUUAGGUUUUUUAAUUUGUUUGUUAACUGUUAAAAUUUUGGACUUCUGGUGUAAAGGGUUAAAAAUGAUGAGGUUGGAUGAUCUUUUAGAUGGGCAAGUGCUUGACCAUGACUCCUAUAAUUUUUUGUGAUUCUGAUAUCUUCAAUUUUUUUGAUCAGCCAGCCAGAGUCUUCUGUUGACACUGUGCUACUUGUUAAUGCUCUUAUUGACAUAUUUACCAACUCUGUUUUAUCUUAAAAUGUGAAUGGUUGUUAUCUUUUGUAUGAUGUAAAUUAUCUUUGCUUUGUGAUGAUAUGUAGAUUGAUCUGAUUGCUUCUAAUUGUCUGUUAACUAUAAUUAUAUGGAUUUAACCUUUGUGGCAUUUAGGACUGCAAUCUUUCUCUAAUUUCAGCCUAUAAAGCAUGGCGGAGUUAUAUCUGAGCAGCUGGCACCAUAAGGAUACAUUGUUUAUAUGUUGAGGAAUUUGUUAUGGGCAACAUCAAAGCAUGACGUGUAUCUUAUGCAGAAUUAUUCUGCAAUGCACUGGUCUUCUUUGCUCCAAAAGGGCACAGAAGUGCUGAACAUGGUCAAGCCAAUUGUUCCAACCUUGAGACGCUCUAGACUGCUGGCUCAGCCUCUAAACAGAGUACAGAUAUGUACCAUGGCAGUUGAAGAAAAUUUAUUGGUAGCUGGUGGUUUUCAGGGGGAACUUAUUUGCAAGUAUUUGGAUCAACCUGGGGUUGCAUUCUGCACAAAACUAACAGCAGAUGAAAAUGCCAUCACCAAUAAUGUAGAUGUUUACCGUGGCCCUAAUGGCUUAUUGAGGGUCAUGACCGCAAACAAUGAUGCUCAAGUUAGAAUGUUUGAUGCUGAAAACUUUGUCUGCCUUAAUUGCUUCUCAUUUGAUUGGUCUGUUAAUAAUACUUCUGUUAGUCCAGAUGGCAAGUUGUUUGCAGUCUUGGGGGACUGCACGGAGUGUUUAUUAGCUGAUGCCCAGACUGGGAAAGUCACUGGGAACCUUAAAGGACACCUGGACUACUCAUUUGCUUCAGCUUGGCAUCCAGAUGGCAGAAUUUUGGCUACUGGUAAUCAAGACACUACUUGCAGGCUGUGGGACAUAAGAAACCUUUCCCAGUCUUUGGCUGUAUUGAAGGGAAAUAUGGGGGCUAUUAGAGCUCUGAAGUUUACCUCUGAUGGCCGGUUUCUGGCUAUGGCAGAACCUGCAGACUUUGUUCAUAUAGUUGAUGCUGGGUCUGGGUAUGCCAAAUGUCAGGAGAUUGAUCUAUUUGGGGAGAUAGCUGGAAUAGCCUUCAGCCCAGAUGCGGAAGCUCUAUUUGUUGGCAUUGCUGACCGUACUUAUGGCAGCUUGUUGGAGUUCAACAGAAAACACUACAAUCAAUAUUUGGACUCCAUAUUCUAGUGGAGUGCGCUUUUAAGUCAAAUCCCACUCACAUGGCUAUGGAAACCUGUAUAUGAAGUGGAAAAUUUUCCUUUUUAAUUUUAUAUUUGAAGUAUGUUUAAAGCUUAGUUUAGUUCUGGAAGUUGAUAUUAUAUGGCACUCUCUCUCUAUUGGGAUUUGUGGUGAUGUAAAGGUCGAGAUUACAGUGUCGUUUGGCUUUAGGAAGCUAUUGAAGGUGCCUUUUUGCACCGACAGAAAUGGAAAUAUCAGUUUUGCUCC